ACAUCGGUUGUACCCACUGCAGCAGUGGUGAGGGAUCCCCUGCCACCGUUUAAAAACCGAGUAUAAAAGCCAGGGUCCGUAAGUCGAGUACAUCGCAGUCUUCGCAGCGGAUCCAACAAACCAAACCAACUCUCAAAAUGAUGACCAAGUGCCUCAUCCUCGUCGCCGCCCUCGUGGCCGUUUGCUCCGGCGGUAACGUUCCUGUGGCGGUACCAGCACCACUUUCGGCUCUGACUGUCGGCACUUACGCGAGCAGCUACAACGCUCAUGCCGUCAACCACGCCAUUGCCGCACCUUACGUAGCCGCCCCGGUCGCAGCCUCACCUUACGUAGCCCCAGCCGUAGCCGCACACCCCUUCGCCUACUCGGCUUACCCAGCCUUUGGCGCCUACUCCGCUCCCCUGAUCGCCGGACGUCGUUAAGCUUCUCCAAACUCCGAACUCAGCUCCCAAAUAAGAAGAAAAGCAAGAGUUGUGCAGAGUUACCAUUCACUGCGCGGAGAUGCUGAUAAAUGAUCGAAAAUAAGGCAGCUCAACCACCCAAUUUAUUCGUUUGAUUAUAAAUUUCAUUAUAAAUUCUGAAGAACAGAGGAGGAUGGAGUGAAUCCACGGAAUUUCCGGAACACCUUACACCCAAGCACUUCGUAUUAUCCCACUUCUAAACGGCGUUAGUGUUGAUAAAAUACCGACCGGAUUUCAACGACUUGGACUUUCUUAUCCUGGAAAAAGUGUACAACUUUAUCCGUGUACAGGGAUAUACAGUGUCGGUAAACCGGUGCCACACCUCUAAGUAUUUAUUCUGCUACCACAGACGGCAGGUACAACAGCCGGAGCAGAGAUGUCCUCAUCGAGCACUUGGUCUCUUUAUCCAUCAGCGGAAAUCCUGUGAUCAUUACAUUAUGCAUACUUUAUAAAUACAUAUAUAGUUCAUGUCUUCGCAACUCAAUUUUUGGGAGAUAUUAUUUUCAAUAAAUAACAUCUAUGAGA